AUGUAUAGAAUCUGGAACAUUUAUGUACUCGCCGCCUUCGGCACCAUAGGAGGAGCACUCUUCGGCUUCGAUGUCUCCUCCAUGUCGGCCUGGGUCGGUAGCGACCAGUACCUCGAUUACUUCAACAACCCAGGCUCUCUCCAGCAGGGCGGCAUCACGGCAUCCAUGUCCGCGGGCAGCUUCGUCGGUUCCAUCUGCGCCGGCUGGCUCUGCGAUCGCCUCGGUCGUCGGGGCAUCCUCAAGCUUGCCUCAGUCAUCUGGGUGAUCGGGGCCGUCCUCCAGUGCAGCUCUCAGAAUAUCGCCCAUCUGUGCGUCGGAAGAGCCGUCAGCGGUCUUGCAAUCGGUAUUACAUCUUCCCAGGUCCUUGUCUACCUCGCCGAGCUGGCACCCGCAAAAACCCGUGGCCAGAUCGUCGGCAUCCAGCAGUGGUCAAUUGAAUGGGGGAUCUUGAUUAUGUACCUCAUCAGCUACGGCUGCUCCGUCUCCGUCUCCGGACCAGCAGCAUUCCGUAUUGCCUGGGGUGUCCAAGGCGUCCCGGGCGUUGUGCUUGGAAUCGCCAUGUUCUUUUUCCCCGAGUCUCCUCGUUGGCUCGCUAGCCAUGAUCGCUGGGACGAGUGCCUCGACGUUCUCGCAAACCUUCACGCUGGUGGAGACCGCGAGGCUCCCGUCGUCCUGGUCGAGCUCGAAGAAGUCAGGGAGGCCGUCCGGAUCGCGGCAGAGUCGGCAGAUCUCGGGUAUCUUGGGCUUUUCACGGGGAAGACGUGGUAUCGAACCAUGUGCGGAGUCAGCGUUCAGGUUUGGCAGCAGCUUCUGGGCGGGAACGUAAUGCUGUACUAUAUUGUGUACAUCUUCGAGGGUGGGAAUGCCGGACUCACGAGCGCCAUCAUCCAAUAUGUUAUCUUCCUUGUUACCACAGGCGGGAUCCUGCCAUUCAUCGAUAGGAUGGGACGAAGGCCACUCCUGAUCUAUGGUGCCAUCGUCUGCUGCAUUCUGCACUUUAUCAGCGGAGCACUCAUGGCCUCGUAUGGCCACCACGUAACUUCGGUCGACGGCAACUCGAUCCUCAAGUGGGAGCUCACCAACCCGCAAGCAGCCAAGGCCAUCAUCGCCAUGUGCUACAUCUUCGUCGGCGUCUACGGCCUUACCUGGGCGCCCGUUGCCUGGAUCUACGCCUCCGAAGUGUUCCCCCUCCGGUACCGUGCCAAGGGCGUAGGUAUUUCGGCCUCAGGCAACUGGAUCUUCAACCUGGCCCUCGCCCUCUUUGUGCCAAGCGCCUUCACCAACAUCCAGUGGAAGACGUACAUGAUCUUUGGCACCUUUUGCGCCUUCAUGGCCGUCUUCGCCUUCCUCCUGUACCCUGAGACAUCUGGAAAAUCGCUUGAGGAGAUCGACUAUGUCUUCGAGGCCAAGGUGCCUGCGUGGAAGAGCGCUGAAAUGGGCGGCACGUUUGAGGAUCGGGUGCGGGGAGUGGAGAGCAAGCGGGAGCAGCAGCCGGGACAGGGGGAGGUGGCGCAUGAGGAGGCUGUACCGGUUGAAAAGCAGGUCUAG